UGAAACUUUUACUUGAGCAGUUCAUCAAAGUCCGGUUAUUUUUUAGUUCGAUAAUAAUGAUCGCUCGCGUGCUGUUAGUUGCUUCUGCUGUAGUUAUUUUGAGCCAGGCUAUAUCUGCAGCGAAUUCAGAACAAUACGACAAAAUACUAGAGUCGGCAAAAAAAGCGCGCAAAACUGCAGAUGAAAAGUCGGAAGCUGCUAGGACCGCUCUUGUGAAAUCGAAGCAAGCUUCAGAACAUCUUAACAAUAAAUACAGUAGUUAUUUUGAAGCUAUGAGGACCAAAUUUUCAUUAGAUGCAGAAAAGUCAGGUUUGGUUGAUAAAUUUGUGAAAGUUCAGGCUGAUUUAACAGCAAAAGAAGCAUCUAUGAGUAAAGCUCCAUCGGAUAAAAGUUUAGUUGCUGCAAGAGAUGAUGCCAAGGUGACGUUCGAUGAUGUAAAAAAUAAAAAAGAUUCAAUGGAGGAAAAAAUACAAAUGGCAGCUGCUAAUGUUACAAGGUAUGAACAAGAGUUCGCCUCUGCUCAAAAAAUAGCUCAAACUCUCAAGAAGGAAUAUGAAGAGUUUAAAAAAGAGGCUGACAACGCGGAAAGUCACGCAGUUCAAUUAGAAACUAUGGUCGCAGCGACGGGCUUGAUGACUCCAGCUCCAGUAGUUGCAGUGACGGGUUUAGUGACGCCAGCUGCAGUGACUCAGAAACCAAGUUGGCCGACGCUCAGUUCAGAGGAGCAAAUGAUUAUCAAAAUGUAUUUGGAUAAAAUCAAGACAGAAACUUCCACGAAACCUCCGACGAUAAUUGGUAACAUUGUCAGAGCUUGGGCUAAAAUUAAUUUAGGAAUCGCUGACUCUCUUGAUCGGAUGAAGGCUUCAAUCAGGGGCGUCCUCAGACCCAAUGGCAACAAAAAUUCACUGAUGAAUUAAAAUUUAAUUAUUACUGAAUUGUUUUUAUAUUUUAUUUUAUUGUUAAUUUUUUGUACCUAAUUGGGAAGAAAUAA